UACAUUACAUUACCCACCAAACCAUAACCAAAUUUAAACCUCACCAGACACUCCUCACUCCUCUCACCUUCACUUCUUAAAUUCUUACACUCUUCUCCGACUCUCAAGGGAGUGGAAUCUCUAAAAGGGUGUCGGUGAAGUUGCUUCUUUUCUUUGUUCACAAACUAAAACUAUGGCUGGGACUGGGUUGUUUGCAGAGAUUUUGGAUGGAGAGCAUGUGUACAAGUACUAUGCAGAUGGGGAAUGGAAGAAGUCAACUUCUGGGAAAACUGUUGCUAUCAUCAACCCAACUACAAGAAAGACUCAGUACAAGGUUCAAGCCUGUUCACAAGAAGAGGUAAAUAAGGUCAUGGAUUUGGCAAAAACUGCACAGAAAUCAUGGGCAAAGACUCCACUUUGGAAGAGAGCAGAACUCCUUCACAAGGCAGCUGCUAUCCUCAAAGAGCAUAAAGCCCCAAUUGCUGAAUGCCUUGUAAAAGAAAUCGCAAAGCCAGCUAAAGAUUCAGUAACUGAGGUUGUGAGGUCUGGGGACCUGGUUUCUUACACUGCUGAAGAAGGGGUUAGGAUUCUGGGGGAGGGAAAGUUCUUGGUCUCUGAUAGUUUCCCUGGAAAUGAGAGAACCAAGUACUGCCUCACUUCUAAGAUUCCACUUGGGGUGGUUUUAGCCAUUCCCCCAUUUAACUAUCCUGUCAACCUUGCUGUGUCAAAGAUUGCUCCUGCACUGAUAGCUGGAAACUCCAUUGUGCUCAAGCCUCCAACUCAGGGUGCUGUUUCUGCUCUCCAUUUGGUGCAUUGCUUUCACUUGGCUGGUUUUCCCAAGGGUCUUAUAAACUGUGUCACUGGGAAAGGCUCUGAGAUUGGAGACUUCCUUACUAUGCAUCCUGGGGUGAACUGCAUAAGCUUCACUGGUGGAGACACAGGAAUUGCAAUUUCAAAAAAGGCAGGCAUGAUUCCUCUUCAGAUGGAAUUGGGAGGAAAGGAUGCCUGCAUUGUACUUGAGGAUGCUGACCUAGAUUUGGUAGCAGCAAACAUAAUAAAGGGGGGCUUUUCUUACAGUGGCCAAAGAUGCACAGCAGUUAAGGUUGUCUUGGUGAUGGAAUCUGUGGCUGAUUCCUUGGUUGAGAAAGUGAAGGCUAAAGUGGCAAAAUUGACUGUUGGGCCACCUGAGGAUGACUGUGAUAUCACUCCAGUGGUGUCAGAGUCAUCUGCCAAUUACAUUGAAGGAUUGGUUAAGGAUGCUAAAGAAAAAGGAGCUACAUUUUGCCAAGAGUACAAAAGAGAGGGCAACCUUAUCUGGCCUUUGUUGUUAGAUAAUGUAAGGCCUGAUAUGAGGAUUGCAUGGGAAGAACCAUUUGGACCAGUUCUUCCAGUUCUUAGGAUCAAUUCUGUAGAAGAAGGAAUCCACCAUUGCAAUGCUAGCAAUUUUGGACUCCAGGGUUGCGUCUUCACUAAGGACAUUAACAAAGCAAUGUUGAUCAGUGAUGCAAUGGAGACUGGGACGGUUCAGAUAAACUCAGCACCAGCUCGUGGACCAGAUCAUUUUCCUUUCCAGGGUAUAAAGGAUAGCGGAAUUGGGUCUCAAGGAAUCACCAACAGCAUUAACAUGAUGACCAAGGUCAAGACCACUGUUAUCAACUUACCAACCCCUUCAUACACCAUGGGCUAGUAUUACCAAUAAUAAAUGGAUGAUCACAACUAUUUGUAUUGUAGCUAGUUAGAAAUAUCUGAAAACGGAAUUUAUCAGUAGACUUUUAAGUUUGUAUCUUCUUUGUCAAUUGACAAUCAGAUGAAUAAUGGGGAUACAUGUAUGAGCAAUUACAGUGUCUACAAUAUGCAGUAGAUUUUGCAGAAAUAUGAAUUUGGCUUUAUCUAGCA